CAGUGUUUAUAGUGAAAAGAAACGUAUGCCUUUUAGUUUGCUCAGUUUGGAUCAAUCAACUGACUCGUACGUACGUAGGCGGCUUGAAGAUAGCAAGUGCAGUUUAAUUGUUGUUUCUGUUUAUCUGUUCAUACAUUUUUGAAUCAAUCUGAUCAUGGAAUUCCUUUGGAAACAUUCAUCCAGCUUCGGUUUUGGCGGGGUUCCUCAUGAUGCUGUUUCUGCUGGACACGAUUCGGAUGGCGCACAAAUCUAUGUAGGGCGUUCUCAUCAUGAAGGUGAAAAUUUACCGGCAAAGGUGAUUCCGAGCAAAAGAAUCGCUUAUGUUUGCUACAAUGGUCAGGAAGUUCCACAACAUAUCUAUGAAGUAUUAUGCGGUGAUGGAUUUGCUUGGAUACCUUCCAGCCAUGGUCAAGUUCCACCUAAUGCAGUGAGCACAGGCAUAACAAAGACCGGAGAACCACUGUAUGUAGGACGUGGACACUACCAAGGAAGCUUAACUCCUGGAAAGAUCCAUCCUUCUCAUCAUUGUUUAUAUAUUCCAUACGGAGGUGCCGAGAUCAGCUUGCAAAAUUAUGAAGUGCUAGUUUACGCUGAACGUUGGAUCACUUCUCAGAUUCAUCAAGGACUGCCACCACAAGCUGUUGUUGCGGGACAUGAUUCCGAUGGUGCUACUAUUUAUGUUGGCAAAACUCAUCAUGCUGGUGAUGUUAUUCCCGGAAAGGUUAUUCCAAGCAAGCAGGCUUUCUAUAUUGCCUAUGGUGGACAAGAGGUAUUUAAAGAUCAUUAUGAAGUCUUGACUGGAGCAGGAUACGUAUGGGUAAACACCUCUUCGGGCCAUGUCCCACCGAAUGCUGUUGUUGGUGGUAAGACUGCAAGCGGUGAGCAGCUUUACAUCGGCCGUACUCACCAUGCUGGAAGCUUAACUCCAGGCAAAAUUCAACCGUCACAUCAAUGCCUAUAUAUACCAUAUGGUGGACAGGAGAUGAGUUUCAGGCAAUAUGAAGUAUUGGUGAAACCAGGAGGCCUUUAGACAGAGUAAUAAACAGUCAUUUAUUAAUUUCGCUAUAGUAAUUGUAAGAUAAUACAAGCAAGAUAUAUGUAAUAAGUGAACGAAGGAAUGAAUUGAUUUUGUAGUUGAUAUUUUUAAGCUAUUAAAGUUUGAUACCUUGAAAAAAA